AUGAGCACCGUGCAGCGCAAGAAUUUCACCCAGCGCAACGUCUUCUACCUCCGCGCCUCACCCUACGUCGUGCUGCAAACCAUCCUCUACCUCGACUACCGGCACGUAGAAUGGAUGAAUCUCAACCCCUCGAUCCUCACCCAAGUGCUGUCCAUCCUGCGCACACGUAUCAUGCCCAAGCUGCGUAAGGAAUCCGACUCAUCGGGAAAGCUCUCGGCGAUGAGCAAGAAGGAGCGGGUCGAUGUCUACUCGGAUCGCGAUUUCCAGGUGGCCUACUUUUUCAGGAGGAUGGACGAUCGACAUUCGGUGCUGCUGAAGGAAAAGAGUCUGGUGUUUCCGAGCGACCCGAGUUUGGGUGAGGUCAAGGUGGAGGAGGAGGGGGAGGGGAAUCUGCACGCACCGAUUCCAAGGGCUACCCCUGCGCCGGGAAGGGCAGCUAGCGUUGUUGCGGGGACAUCCGGCGCACAGGAUGCGGAGAGCAAUGCACAGCCGGUGAGGAUCAAAGACUCUCCAGAGACACAAGAGGCGAUCAGAUCUUCGCCAAAUGCAAGCAUGGCAGCGCUCUCUGGAGCCGACGACAACAGCCUCUUCAGGGGUCCAGCGGAAGAAGACGAGGAGGCGCUAGCUAUGCCACCACCGGCCAGCACAAGCACUCGAAGAACAAGAUCAAGCAGCGCAACUGUGCCCGAAGGCAGCCGACGUUCAAAACGAGUUCGCAUACAGGAAGAAAUUGAUGUCAAGCCCGAGCCAGCCCCUGCUCAGACAGCAGACCCAGGCGCGGCACCACCACAGCAGGGCGAGGAGGAUGAUCAUACGAAUGGCUACGAUGACGCCAUUGUGAUCACAGAAGAAGACGAAGAGAAGAUGAAGCCAAAGCUCCACGUCAGAUACGCUGGAUUUCGAAUCUUCGGCAAGCUGCUCGUCCUGGUAGUCGAGCCAUCCAAACGCACCCUCGCAGCGCAUCCCGAACUCUUCGGCGAAAGACGAGCCACCGAGGUCCGACAGCUCUCGGUCGCGCCGCGCUCCAUGACACCAGGCAUAGCCAACAAUCGGUCAGGCUCGGUGCAGGGACGAUUCACAUCGCUCGAGCCGGCGGAGCGGUCGAGUCGAAAUGCAAGCGUAGGGAGAGGCGUCACUCCGCUGUUCCGCGGUGCGACUCCAGCCGACAGUGAAGCAGGAGGCACGCCCGCCCAGCUGCGUAUAUCUGCGACGCCGGCACCUCGAGGAACGAGCGUCCUAGACAACGAUGCAGUGGGCUUAGUCGAGGGGCAGGACGGCGACGCCGAGGAUGAUGGCCCGACGAUAGGCGAAUUGGAGGGCAUCGAGCUGGCCACGCAGAUGCUCGAGAGGGAGGAGCAGACCAUGGGUGGCAACGAUAUCGAGGAGGGGGAUUGA